ACACACUUGACAUUGGCUAAUCAGUGUAAAGCCAGAGAGAGAAGGAAAAAAAAAAAGGUUUAAACUGUCAAUCAAUUGUCAUUAUUGUCAAAAGUUUGUUUUGUGAAUUUACGCGGCAGUAGCAAAACUUUUAGCUAAAUGCUAAUGUUUGUUGUUUAAUUCUAAAAAGUCUAAAAACUAAAAUGACUGCCAAAGAAGAAAAGUUGCAAAAUUUCCUAACAGCAUUAGACGCGGUCAAGCAGGACUACACCUGCGGUCAAUGUUCGGAAAUGCUCAAAGACCCAGUUACAUUGAGUGCUUGUUUUCAUUUGGUGUGUUCCGCGCAUUUUGGGAGCCUUACCCACUGCCCAACCUGCAAAAUCCCUUUAACAAACUGCACAACUUAUAAGGAUGGUGAUAUUGAAAGUAAUGUUAACUUAGCCCGAGAUCUUUGUAAAAUUUUCGAAGAGUUCCAAAAGAGUGUUCCCACGGACAUAAACUUACAAACGGAAACGUCGAAUAAUACGAGCCAAAAAGGCGGCAAAAGUAAAUCUGGACGUUUUACACCCGAGAUGGUACCAAAAAACAAACCUGAAAAAUCUAGUGUUUUAAUUAACACAUCCAUUAAAGCUGCUUCUAAAAGCGAUCUUAAAAUACAAAAAGCUGGAUUGAACACUACAGUACUGUCUUCUGCUAGCUCUAAUAUAAAUAAAGGUAACGAGAAGAAAAACAAGAAAGGGGAGACAGCACUACACAUUGCUUGUCGUUUGGGCAAAGUUGAGUCCGUCAUUGAGCUCCUGAAUCAGGGAGCUAACACCAAUACCAAGGAUAAUGCGGGCUGGACCCCUUUGCACGAAGUUGUUCAAAAUGGAAGGUUGGAUCUACUCAAGCUCCUCUUGGAACACAAUACAUUGAUAGAUGUGCCUGGGCCAGGAAACGAAACUCCGUUACAUGAAGCCAUCAGGUAUAACCACAAGGAAAUUGCAAUUGAAUUGGUUAAAAACGGAGCAAACAUCAAUGCGCGUAACUGUAAAGGCGAGACUCCGAUCCAAUUAGCCUCUGAAGAAAUGAAACAGCUUCUCAAACAAGCCGAACAAAACAUCAUCCAAACCCAAGGAAUAAACAUAACAUAUAUAUCAGAACUGCAUUCAGAGUUGGAUUUUGAAGAAAUAACCGUGUACUGUGUAUCUGCAUUUCGUACUGUGCUUAAUAAACUCAAAAUGUUGGCAAAGCAUCAUUCCAAUUUGCAUAUUGAGACAAAGUUAACAAAGAAAGUGACUCAUUUGAUUGUUGAUACUGACGAAAAUGACGUUUGCGCAUCAACUGUGGAGGUUUUACAAGGUAUCGUUAACGGUAUCUGGAUUUUAACAACAAAUUGGAUUACAAAAUCGACCGAAAAGAAACUAGCGCAAUUCAAGAACUACGAAGUCAUUGGAGUUGGCACAAAAAUAUACAACGGGCCGAGGAACUCGCGUUACAACAAAUACAAGCAACUGCCUGGAAUUUUCGACGGAUGCCACUUCUAUUUCCACAAUUUCAACAUAAAGUUUGAGAUCAGUCCAACAAUCGUGUUAACCAAGGCAAUGUUGAUUAAAUUGGUUACAGAUGCAGGUGGGGUUGUCCUCAGACGGGCUCCAAACCCAGAACUCAUUCCAGAGUCUGAACAGCUGGUGCCAUAUCAUGCUUCAGAGACAAGCAAGCUGUUUAAGUGUUCUCAUUACAUUAUAUACAAGGAUACGUAUGAGCCCUUGUACAACAUGCCACACCUGAAGGCUUUGCCGAUAGGCUGGCUCAUCGAGUGUAUAGAGAAGUAUGAACUGUGCGAGCCGUGGUAGACAAUCUGCCAUGUUCAAAUUACUGAAUUUGACGGCCGUAUUCACAAUCAUUACUAUGAGGUCUUACAGUGCGCUCGAAUGCAUAGUGUUGGUUCAACCAAUCAGAUUAUUGUAAAUUGACGUGAUACAGUAAUCUGAUUGGUGGAACCUACACUGUGUGUUCGAGCGCACUAUGAGACCUCAUAGUGACGUUUGUGAAAACGGGUGUGAAUCAGUUUAUCUCUCAUGUGUCGAUAAGUUACUCAGCAAUGUUGUUAUUUGUCAAAAAGGCCACACAAUUUUUGCUACUCAUAACUUUUAGUUCUUGUUAUUCAUGCAAAUUCUUAAAAACCAGUAUUUUUGCAAAACUUCAUUAAGUAACUUAAUAAAUGUCAAUAAAUUAAUGAGAAGUCAUUCUGCUAAAAUCAUAAACCUUCCUUUUGGCUUAGCCGAAGUUGGGUAAAAAUCAUGGGAUCUACUGUACCAAAUAAAUAUCCAUUUCAGACAAAUCCUUCCUUCAUUCCGUUUUAUUAUACUCGAUCUUACCUAUAUUUGUUAUAUUUUUUCAUGAUUUUUUCAUUCAAACCCAGUCGAGCGAUAAUAAAUAGGUAGGUACUUAAAUACAUAGGUACAAAGCUAGGAACAAUGAUUAGCAACAAAACAUUAUUGUGAAAGGAAAUCGUUGGGUAUCGUCUUUGUUUGGCAGGAGCACAAUAAGUCGGACUGUUAUCGAAACGUACCUAUACCUACCUACCUACGCAUUUGAGGUUGAUUGAUUUUUAAUUCCACGUGGACACCCACGCAUGUUAUUGACUGUGCUGGUUAUAUCGUUGUAAGGUUCAGAAGUCUUAACUACAGUUGCAUGACAGACGGAUAAAGUUUUUUUUUUUUUAAAGAAUAUUAGCCAUGUUAACAUGUUGACUAAUAUUCCCCUCUCCUCUCUAACUAAGCGUCGGGCUUGUGCUAGGAGUAGGUACGACAAUAGUGCAACGGGCGGGGUUUGAACCGUCGACCUUUCGGUUUUCAGUCCACUCCUUUACCAGUUGAGCUAUUGAGUUAGAUAAGUAUAAUAUAGUACGCGACAGGUCGGGAUGGCAAUAUGGGUAUGAAGCCGGGGGACGCCCCGCACACCCGUACGUCACCCGCGCUAUCCCGCACUGUGCUAGCGCGGAGGCUAUGCGGGUGUGCGGGGCGUCUCCACUUCGGUGGUGGAGUAAUCCCGUAACAAACAUAC